GGAGGUGAGACGAGCUGGAUCUGCUCUGACUUUUGUUGCUGUACGCAGUCGCACUCGGACGCUGAACGCGUUCGUACAGCUCAUUCGAAAGGCCUUCCGACGACCCUGCGGCUGAACGCACCCGUUCCCCCACCAGACGACGCAUCCGAAGCUGAAACUCUAACAGUGCCAUGCCCCGCCUGCCGAAGGUCAAUGCGACAGCCAUCAAGGCCCGCCUGCCGACGCGGCUGCCGAAGAAUCUAUCGCGGAGCCUGUACGAAGCGGUGUCUAAUUUGACGUCCGCGCCGUCGACGCGACGCGCUCUCACACCGGUCGAUUGCCACGCAGGGGGCUCCGCGUCCCGAAGAACCCGUUCCGACGGAGCGUUAUGACCGGCGAGGAGCAUAUUAUAGAGGAGGACUGCUGGCUCCUCGUCUUCCUGAUGCGGCCGCUCGUCAUGCUGUUGCUCGUGAUAGGCUACCUGAAGAGCGAGCCCUACGUCGCGAAGCUCCGAACCAAGCUAAAACUCCGCAAAAAGGCCAACAAGCGCCUCUUCACGUUAACCGUAGUGGCCCACAACGUCGCCUUGGCCGUCUUCUCGCUCUGGAUGGCGUUGAGAUCGUGGCCGCUCUUCCUGGGCACGUGGUCCAGUGAUGGGUUGCGAGAAGUACACUGCUCACCAGCCUUCUGGGACAACGAGUUUGGCUACCUCGCCAAGGUCUUCUACGCGUCGAAAUUCUACGAGUUCGCGGACACCUGGCUCUUAGUACUAAAAAACAAGCAGCCGUCCUUCCUCCAGAAGUACCACCACGCCGGCAUCGUGAUCACGAUGUGGGCCGGAGUCGCCACGUCGAGCAACUGGCUCGUCUGGCCCACGGUCUUGAAUAGCGCGAUCCACACGGCCAUGUACUCGUACUACGCGGCCGCUACACUAGGCUACAAGAGCCCCUACGCCAAGUACCUUACCAGAGCUCAAAUGACCCAAUUCGUCGUCGGUAUCUUAGGUGCUACUUCGACUUACUUUUUUGGGUGCGAGGCCGCUCAGUAUAGUAAGCGGGCGCUCUUCCUCAUGCAGUGUUAUGCGGCUGGAUUACUAGUGUUGUUUGGCGAGAUGGCUCGGGCCAAGUACGGGGGCGGCAAGCGGCCGAAACGGGGCGCCUCGCCCGCGCGCUCUCGGAGCGCGUCGCCGGCGCCGGGCCGCGCGUCGCCGCGCCUCGCCGCGCGGAAGCGCCGCUAG